GCGUGACUUCCGGCACAUUAGCAGCGAGAAAGCGACGUGUUGACGCUGCCGAGGAUGUCGCUGCGUCCCAACACACACAACCAACUUUCCCCUCCUCGUGUAACUCUUGUUCACCCAGCGACAACAACGGAAUGUGCUUUUUAAUCUCACAGGUUGCUCGUUCCGAGGGGAACAUGGAGGAGGCGGACGACGGAUGUGAAUGGGACGUGGCGUCCGAUACCUGCGAACUGGCAACCGAUCAGUUUAGCUCUGACGAAGAAAGUGAUGGCAAGGAAGAGGAUGACUUUAAGACGGACGACUUGAAGGAUGGAGAAGUAAACGAGUUUCCUGACCUGGAAUGGUUGGAAGAAUUGUACGAAGAGAACGAUAGUGACGAUGACGUCGCGGGUGAGCCGAGCGAAGAAAAGCAGAGGACUUUUUCGGCGACAGCACGGAUGUUCAAGCUGAGACGGAACCUGGACCAGCUGGACAGCUUCCACAGACAGAAGGAAAGCGCCCUGCUGAAAGCCAGAGAAGACCUGAACCUCUUGCGUCAGAGCAUUGAGAAUCUACUGGAGCAGCGGGACGUCUUGGAGCGAGAAAUCGAAACUCAAGAAGCGGCAAAGAACGGUGUGGCAGACAUUCGUUUGCGGGCCCAGCACAAGAAUCUGUGUUACGAGCUGCAGAGGGAAGAAGAGAUUGAGGCCCACACCAACGAUGAGCUGAGGCAACAAGAAUUAGAGCUGAGUGAGGUGGAGCUGGAGGUGGGCAAGUUCUCGGUGCUGCGGCAGGAAGUGCAAGAAGAGGAGCGGGUCUUCCACAUCUUCAAAGCCCAGAAUGCCGUGAAAAGGCUGCAACAGGAGAAGAACAACAGCCAUAUCCUGCAGCUAAAGAUUCAAAAUCUCAAAAAUGCUGACAGGAAAAAUGCAGACAUGAUGGAGAAAACGGAAACGUCGAGCGAGAAUAAAAUUGAAGAUGGCCGGACAAACCGCAAAGUAGGGGCCAAGUACUUGAAGGAAACUAUCAGGAGAAUGCAGCAGCAAGAGGUUGAGAGAGAGCAGAGGAAGCGAGAGUCCAUGCAAAAGAGAAUACAGGCUGUCAAGUUACUGAAAUCCAACAUCGAAGCUACUCAAGAAAACUUACGGGUCAGACACAGCCGAGCCAAAGCAAACGCCCUGAAGAAAGAACGGCAACAGAAACGUCUGAAAGAAUCCUUGCAGGCCCAAGGCAUCAACAGCACCAGGCACAUAUACCAAAAGAAACGAGACGAGGAGAUGAAACGAAAGCAAGAGGAGUUCAAGGAGAGACAGAAGGCGAGGAGACUGGAGAUUGUGGAAAAGCUCCUGGAGGAGGAGGAGCUGGUGAAGAGUCGAAAAGCACACCAGGCGCCCUUGCCAAAGACCAAAACCGGUCACAAGAUCCUUUCCCCGGGCAGGAUACGAGAGAAGCUCCUGCGUUACCUGGAUUCCGUGCACCCGUCAGGCACAGAGAGAGACACAACAUUGAGAAACUUCAGCGCUAGCGGCUCUUCGUCAGAGUCGGAGUACCAGGAGGACAUUAUCCCAAAGGAAAUGCAGCACCCGAGCCUUCCCGACAGCCUGGAAGAGCCCGAGUUCUGCGGGCUGUGGGACCAAAAGUUCAAGCCCCCCUUGAAUGAGAAAACAACGGUGACACCAACAGAAGUGAAACGACAACCUGCAGUGGUUUGCCGAAAGGUCAGCACAACCCCCAAAAAAGUCGGCGGGAAACAGAUCAAAGGGCCUUCGUUCACCAGUAAGCCAGAAGUCAUCCUGUUCAAGGACUUUGAAGUGGGAGAAAUCUAUAAAAAGAAAGUAAUCCUGACUAACAUCAGCUAUAUCACUAAUCACUGCAAGUUCCUCGGGAUGUCUGCUCAACUGCAGGAUUUCAUUAUGCUCAACUUUCAACCUCCUGGUCCUUUAUCGACUGGGAUGUCCUGCGAAAUGCAAAUUACUUUCCACCCUUCGAUCAAUGAAGACCUGGAAGGAGAGGUGAACUUUGCCUCGGCAGCAGGUCGCUUCUCUGUGCCCGUCAGGUGCACCAUAAAGAGAUGCGAUUUGGAGGUGGACCACCAGUUUAUUGACUUUGGGUCGCAUGUCGUGGGCCAAAUUAUUUCGCGCACGAUCACCUUGACCAACAAAGGCGCACUAGCAACUCGCUUCAGUUUCGACACUACGAAGCCCGUUCCGGAAAUUCACCAGGUCCAGAUGCCGUCCCAUCGCUCGGCCGACACGCAGCAGGACACAACGUGUGCUGAUCAGAAUCAGAGCUCUGCAUCUUUGGCCUCCAGAGAACUGCACAGUAUGGAUCAUGUUUUGGAUCGGUCUUCAGUAUCCCGGCAGGGCCAACGAGAAUCGCAAGUUUCAGCUGCAGACCCGAGAUCUGCUUCUGUGUCUUCCAGCAUGCUUGGCCAGAUGACAGAGGCCCUUUCUGACUCCUGUGAUAUUCGAAUAGGGAAUGUAAGAGAAGGUGAUAUUGGACCUUUUGAAAGCGUCAAGCUGGAGAUAAUAUUCUCUCCCACCGUUCCCGGAGAAGUCAAAGUGGACCUGUACAUCAAGUUUUCGGAUCCGACCAGCUGCCCAAUAGCCAUCCUGGUGAAGGGCGAGGGAGCGGGCCUCCCCGUGUGGGUGGUGGAGCCCAAUAUCGACAUGAAGAUCUGCAUGUUCGACCACCUUUACCAAGAGGUUGUCACACUCCAAAGCAGCACCAGCACAGCCUUGAAGCUUACUUUUGAGCUGUGGCCGGAGAUGAGGAAACACAUGGAGAUCAUACCGAGGACCGGCUUUCUCCAGGCUCAGUCGAGCUUCACCGCUCACCUGAAGUUUGUGCCGAGGAACACCUUACCCCAAGAUGCUAACAAGUAUUUCGACAGCGCUACGAGUGUCCUGGAGGUUCCAAUGGCAGUGCAAGUGGCAGGACAGGUGCAGCCCGUCAUUUACACGGUCCAAGCAAUUGUGACAUCAUCCGACUUGAAGUUUGGUCAGAGCGAGGUGGACUUUGGCUACUGUUCCAUCUACCAGUCGGUCAAGAGCAGCGUUCGCCUCACCAACAUGUCCCUGCUUCCUCAAGAGUUUGGCUUUGUUGGCCUUCCAGAGUUUGUCGAAGUCCAACCGAACGACGGCUUCGGCACGCUUCUCCCGCAAGAAACGCUGGAACUGGAUAUUAUUUUCAGCGCCAACAAAGCAAAGGAAUACCGUUUCAAUCUCAGUUGCAAGUCGGGAAUUAACAGAGUGUUCCCCCUCGCUUGCCGCGCCAUGGGUGUUUGCCCGACGCUGGCGCUCUCCCAUUCUCUGGUGCAGUUUGGGCCCACGGCGGUCGGCGACCACUCCACCGCCCUCCUUUACCUCACCUAUAACCAAACCGUGCGAAACCAGUCCAAACAACGACCCUCCGCCGGGGCCAGACUCUUUUCUUUCACCCCACCGCAAGACUCCAGCAUCAGUAUCACUCCUUCCGCAGGACGCCUGCUGCCUGGAAAGAGGUGUUUGGUCCUGGUCACGUUCAAACCCAAAUUGGAAGACCGAGAUAUCAAGGAAGAGGCCCUGCGUCUCCUCCUCAAAGCCAAGCAGACCAACGAGGAGGACAUUAAGAAACUCCUUGAAGAGGAGGCAAGAAGGGAGGCAGAGCCCAGUAAAGGGAAGAAAUUGUCCAAGAGCAGCAAAAUGUCUGAUUUCUCUUCCAAAAGUGCAACCCCAGUCCCGACACCACCUCCCGACAACAUCGACGCAGGAGGUCAAAGGUUUGAGGAGGCGAGGGCGUCGUUGCUGCAUUCAUUCACGUCGCGCUACACCGAGCACACCAUCCCCUGCUUUGUGUCGGACGGAGACCCCCCCGAGGAAGACAGGCAGGCCCAGCCAACGUGGAGCCCUCUCAAUACUGUCUACUUGAAGCUGCAAUGUCCUGCUGUACAGCCCCCUCUUGUGGUGGUAUCCAGCAAUAUCAGAAAUUACGCCUUGGAUUUCCAGCAAGUGGCAGUCGGAGAGAGAGUGAUUAAACGAUUUUCAGUGCAGAACAUUUCGGAGGAAUCCUUAGAGUUGAAGUCAUCACUGCUGGAUAUUUAUGGCCCCUUUUCGCUUCUUAACUCCCUCCGGGGCAUCGGACCUGGAGAGAAACACACCCUGGUGUUGGCCUUCUGUCCUACAUUAGAAAAAAAGUACUGUGAGACUUUGGAGGUGCGUUGUCAGAAGAUGACCCUGGCCGUGACUCUGCGGGGGGAGGGUGUGGUUCCCGCUAUCACCUCCUCUCACUCUGGAGGUCUCUUGGACUUUGGUUAUGUGCUGGAAAAGGAGAGCACAUCACAGGUCCUGAAGCUCCAGAACAGCUCGGCUGUCGCGGUGGGUUUCAAGGCGAUGUUGUACAGCCUCUCGCCCUCCAAGAUUCAAAGCGCUGAUGAGAAGGUGGCCCUACUGUUGGGUGGUUACACAGACUCGAAGAUCCAGCCUGUGGUGGGGACCCAAAACUACAAUGGGCUGAGUGUUUUCAGUGUUCAGCCUGUGGAGGGAAGCGUCGGUGCGAGACAAAGCCAGGACGUGGUUGUCACCUUCCACCCUGAUCACCCCUCGGUCAACUAUUCAGAUCAGCUCACCAUCGAGCUUGUCAACAAGACUAAACUUUGUGUCUUGGACCUGAGAGGCGCGGCGUCGUCACAUAAUAUGUAUCUACAUGGAGGAGACCCACUGACAGUUCCUAUUGAGUCCCUUCUUCCUCCACUAAUAACCAGUCAACCUGAAGUCGGAGGACACUCAGAGGAAAUGGAAAUUCCCGUGUUGGUCACCCUGCGAGCUAGCUACAGUAUGGGAACCAUCAGACCUGCGGUCAGAGAGUUGCAAGUAGGCUGCAUACGGGCCAGUAAGAAGGGGAGUGAUUUUCUUUGGGACAACGUAGCUUCUUUGCAGCAGAGGGGCUUCAGUGUGGAGCCCACCAAAGGCAACGUGGAGGCGGGCAGCAGACGCUCCGUCAAGCUCACGUGGACCCCCCAGAGUGGACACAAGCCCAAUGAAGUGGUCCAGAUGUGCGUGCCCCUCACAGUAAAAGGUGACGAAACGACAGUGUACAACGUCACCCUCAUGGCUUUGGUCUCCACUCAUGUGGACUGAUUCCUUUUAUUUUUCUCGAUAUUCUUUUAUUGAGGCAGAAGACAGAGAAAGAUCGUUCACCACAAUGUGUUGCCUAUCUGAUGUAGUUGAGAAUAUCAACAAUAAAUCUGUGUGACGUAGACACAAGCGCAGACUGUGACCGAAAUAAUUUAAGAUCAUCCAACAAAUGUAAAUAUCGGACAAAUAUAAUCCAAGUGAACUUUGAAUUUUGUGAAUGGUGUAGGGAUUUGCGAGUUUGGACCCUAGGCGUGUUCACGAAUGAUUAGAAAAAGUUAACAGCAAAUGGAUUUACGGCAAAGGAAUGUGCAGUAUAGACGUCCGGGUCUUAUCUCGGUAUCUGCUGCACACGAGACGUGUGUCUUCUGGCAGGAUCGCCAAAGAAGAAGACAAGAGCUGCCCAGUAACAUGAGGUUUUUAUAUGUAUGGGUUCAUGGUAGAAGUGGCUGCCCCCCCCGUGGUCAGAUCCUGGGCCGGGAUGGUAACUUUCCGCUCCUUAUCUGGUGUCGUUCGUCUCCACGGUAACACCUGGGAUUAUUAUUAGUAUCCCAUCCCGCCAGCCGGUUUUCUGCGUACCAAGAUCAAGGACAACCACCGGCUCCACAACACAUCCUCGUCUGAUUAGCAAAUGGGCAACACUUUGUCCGUUGAUUAAAUGUAUAAGGUCAUAUUUAAGCAAAUAAUAAAAGUGCAAUAAAAGUAAAAUAGUCUUCAAUGGGAAUUUCAUUCUUUUGGAAAAAAACAAAUUCUGGCCCUGUGUGGGGAAAUGUUCAAGUGGCACGUAGCAUGAUUUCUUUCCUAAAAGAAAAGAUUCUGUGGAAAAAAUAAUCGUACCUUAAAACUAAAAUCUGGUUUGGGCAUCCUCAGCACUCUUUCAUAUCGUUCCUUACUGUUGUGUCAUGAACACUGGCCUGAACUGAGGCAAGGGGGCCUGAAGGUCUACUUUACAAGUUGUCCUGGGUUCCUUUGUGGCUCCCGGAUGAGUCACUGCCGUUCUCUUGCGGUUGUCUUAGGCCGGCCACACCUGAGAAUGUUCUCCACUCUUCCGUCUUCUCCACGCGAGGAUUAUGUCUCCCCCUUUGGUUUGCUUCGGAAAUGGCUUUUGUAUCCCUUUCCGGACCGAUCGACGUCAAUUACUUUAUUUCUCGACUCUUUUGGAAUUUCUACGACUCGUGUCAAAUUGUUGAGCUUUAGAUCAUUUGUCUGAUUUAAUUUCGUCGGGACAGAUUUUGUUUGAGUGAUUUCUUGACUGAACAUGUUUGGAAGGUCCCGGACUGGGUUGUGAUCAGUGAAAAUGAAGCAGAAUUUGAGAUUAGCUCCAACUAAGUCAUGAUUUAACAACAGGGUAAUUAUUUGUAUCACUUUGAAUACAUUGGUACCUCUACUUAUGAAAUUAACCCAUUCUGGAAGUCAUUUCGUAACCUGAAUUUUUUUUUUCGUAAGUAGAAACGCAUUUUAUAUGUAAAGAGCCUAAUCCGUUCCACCGGUCCUCAGAACUGUGAGGCCAACGCUCUAUCCAGUUGUGCUACCCACUUUGAUUAUAAAUGUUUGAUAUUUACAUUUGUUUUAUGAUCUUCACCAUUAAAGUGGCGGAAACUAUGCAAAAAUAUAAGAAUUUGAGUGGGGGGCCGAUACUUUUUCACGCUACUUGUAAUCUUUGUAUGAUCUUUCUUCCGGAAAACUUUCUUGAAGUCAUGAGGUGUCCCAACUCUUGUUGCACUUUGUGUAAGAGUGCAAUGCAGCACAUCCGUAAACUGUGGUCUCUACACUGCCUUAAUUUUCAGAUGUGGAAAAAAAAGGAAAUUCUUACAACAGCGUGGUGAUGUAGUGGUUACCACUGUGGCGUCACAGUAAAAAGAUCCCAGGUUUGAGUCUCUGUCUUCUCGGGCCUUCCCCCGUGGCUUUCUCAAUAGCUGCAGAGCCACCAUGACGUGGUGUGUAGAGCUCGUGCACGUGACGUCACCAUUUUCACGGCGCCAUAUUGCCGGUCAAAAAGCUGCUCGACAGCGUGAGGGGCAUUGAACCGGAGCGGAAUAUUCACAAUGCCCGAGACUUGUUGUGCUGUUGGUCGUUACAACAGACGAAACAGAUAUUCAAAGAGAUCAUUCUGUGGAAUACCAGCUGAAAAGACCAGAAAAAAAUCAAUGGAUUUCGGCAAUUAAACGUGAUGGAUGAUGCCAACCAAAUACAAAUGACUGCGUAGCAAUUGCUUCACUUAAGGCAGGAAUUAUCAUUCUCAAUCUCAAAUACCCAAGAAGUAUUUAUAAUUUG